UACAACCCUUCAAAUGAAGAGGAGGAAAGCAGAGUAAAACAGACAGAAGGAAGAAGGAGAGAGAAAGAGAAGAGACAAAGUCCAGCAUGCCUCAACCAAGGGGCUUGCCAUUGUGGAAUAGAGUACCGAUUGUGGUUUACUCGUUCUGUCACUGAGUCUCAGCCCACAGUCAUGAUGAUCGUUUUCCCUCCCAAUUCCUCCCUCAUCCCUCAACCCUCCACUGAACAGCAGCUCCAUUGCCCUGUUCUGGAGAAAAUGCGUAACCACUCCCUCAACAAUGACACCCAUGUCAACCUGGUGGUGGUCGGUGUGCUGGGAGUGGUCUCUGGCCUAGGCAUCCUGGAGAAUGCGCUGGUCUUGUGGGUGCUGGGCUUUCGUCUGCGGCGGAAGACCGUGGCUGCAGUGUGGGUUAUCAACCUGGCACUGUCUGACUUCCUGGCCACCCUGACGCUGCCUCUCUUCACACACUACCUGGCAAUGGGACACAGCUGGGAGCUGGGACAGGCGCUCUGCUCCGCCGAGGCCUCCAUCUUCUUCCUAAACAUGUUCGUCUCUGCCUACCUGUUGGCCGCCAUAUCGCUGGACCGCUGCCUGCUGGUGGCCAAGCCCGUCUGGAGCCAGAACCACCGUACGGUGGCAUCUGCCUGGAAGGUAUGCGCACUAGGCUGGCUGUGGGCUGUGGUUAACACCUUCCCUUACUACAUGUUCCGUCAUGUGACGGUUAAACUGGAUGGACGGAAGCUUUGCUACCACAACUUUGCCAUCUAUUCCUCGCCGAUCAUGCUGGAGCAGAACUGUAAGGUUCGGCAUACAGCAACUGCAGUGUCAAAGGUGUUUCUGGCAUUUAUGUUGCCGGUGGUCAUCAUCGCUUUGAGUUACAGACACUUUGCCCAGCAGCUCCGCGCCCGCAGACAGAGGCGGGCGAGCCAGCAAUUGGGUGUAAUGGGAAAUGGUAAAGUGGACAGGUCCAAGUCAUCCCGUAACCUUUCCACCGUUUCCUCAUCAGCUGGUGCAGAGAGACUCUCCAGAGGCUUCACUAAGAUGGUUGCCUCAGUGAUCACAACCUUCGCCCUCUGUUGGGCACCAUAUCACAUCUUCUGCCUGCUGGAAGUAGCGGCUCAGUAUUUUCCAAGUGAUUCAUCGCUGGUGGCACUGGUCGAGGUGGGGUUGCCUUUGUCGACAAUCUUCGCUUUUCUGAACCCUGUGCUGAAUCCCAUCAUCUACACCUUCAGCUGCCCACACUUCUGCACGCGGAUUCGCCAGAGUUUGGCACUGCUCUUUGAAGGGCUGGUGGAGGAAGCAGGACCCCUAGUCCUGACCACCAGCAGAAGACGGAGGAAAGACCCCAUCUCUCCAGCAUCCCCCUACCUCUCUCAGCUCCCCAACCACCCCCACUCUCCCCCGCCUAUUCAACUUUAA